CAAAUUCGAAACACAAUAUGAGAAAUACUGAAAUUGAGAAUAGAACAGGGGCUCUUAUGUCUUACAACAAAUCACAAUACAUCGUUUUGGCUUUUGCACUUUCUUCCCAUCCCUUCCCCUCUCUGGUCUCUCCCCAUCAUAAAAAGUAAAAUCCCCAAAUUCAGACUCGGCUGCUCCUCACUCCCCAAUCCCCAUCUCUGGAAGCAAAAUUAGGGUUCUCUACUCGAAUCUGACCGUCGCCGAUGGCCGAAGUUCUGGACGCUUCAGAGGAAAACCUUGACCGCCGCCGAGAAAGAAACGCCAGCACUGACAAGCCCUCGGACGCCGCCCCUUCUGAUGCUGCCCCCGAAGCCGCAUCGCCUCCUCCUCCUCCCCCCCCGCCACGCCGAGGCAUCCGAGACCGUGGGCGCGAUUCCAGAGAGCGGCGUGACGACCGGGACUUUGACCGUCCUCCUCGGCGUGAGUACUACGAUCGGAACCGAUCCCCGCCCCCACCGCCGCCGCGCGAGAGGGACUAUCACAAGCGCGGCAGGUUGAGUCCCAGCCCUCCACCGCCGGCUUACAGGGACCGACGUGGAGGGGGCCCGCAUUCGCCUCCUCCAAGGAGAUCGCCCCCGUUUCCUCCAUACAAGCGGAGGAGGGACGAUGUUUAUGAUGGAAGGAGGGGAAGUCCCAGAGGAGGACACGGGCCAGGGGACCGAAGAUUCGGGCAUGAUUAUCCUGGUGGAUAUGAGCGUGAUACUGGGGGUAGAUAUCACGAUGACAGGCCUCAUGGUCGAUACAUGGGCCGUGGUGGCUAUCAAGGUGGUCCAUCUGAUUGGGAUUCUGGUCGUGGCGGUUUUGCUGAUGCUUUUAAUGUGGGGGGAAUCCAAAGGGAAGGAAUGAUGUCUUAUAAACAGUUUAUUCAGGAGCUUGAAGAUGAUAUCUUACCAGCUGAAGCUGAACGCAGGUACCAAGAGUACAGGACAGAGUAUAUAUCAACGCAGAAAAAAACGUACUUUAAUGCUCAUAAGGAUGAAGAAUGGUUAAAAGACAAGUAUCACCCAACCAACCUGGUUGCUGUUAUAGAACGGAGGAAUGAACUUGCAAGGAAGUUAGCAAAGGAUUUUCAGCUUGACUUGCAGAGUGGGACUUUGGAUGUAGGCCCCAGUUUCAGUCCUCCCCCAUCAAACAAAGUUGAACAGCUUGGUGAGCCUAAUUCUGAUGAUGAACCUGAUGCUGCUGCUAAAAGAAAGCGGCCAGGUCGUGCAGGUGCCAAAGAGUCUGAUAGCUCGUCUGCCCCAAAGGCCCACCCAAUAUGCUCCGACCCCAGACGAAUCCUAAUCGAUAUUGAACAAGCUCAGGCUCUUGUCCGGAAACUCGACGGCGAGAAGGGAAUCGAGGAUAAUGUCUUGUGUAGAGCUGAUAACGAUAGAUCUAGCAGAGAUAAGUCGCACGGGAGCUCGAGUGGUCCUGUCAUUAUCAUUCGUGGAUUGAAUACGAUCAAAGGCCUUGAGGGUGUCGAGCUUCUGGACACCCUCCUCACUUAUCUCUGGCGCAUUCAUAAGGUCGACUAUUAUGGACUAGUUGAAUCGAAUGAGGCCAAAGGCCUACGCCAUGUGAGGGUGGAAGGCAAGACUUCUGAAGGUGCCGUUAACGGAAAUGAGUGGGAAAAAAGAUUAGAUUCCAAGUGGCAAGAGCGGCUGAAGAGUUCUGAUCUUCUGGAGAUUAUGACUGGGAAGGAGAAAAUAGAUGCAGCUGCUGCUGAAGCUUUGGACCCAUACGUCCGUAAAAUCAGAGACGAGAAAUAUGGGUGGAAGUAUGGGUGUGGGGCAAAAGGCUGUACAAAGCUUUUCCAUGCUUCCGAGUUUGUUCACAAGCAUUUGAAGUUGAAACACCCGGAACUUGUGGCGGAGCUCACGUCGAAAUUGCGUGAGGAGCUGUAUAUUCAGAAUUACAUGAAUGAUGAAAAUGCACCCGGAGGGACGCCCAUCAUGCAGCUGUCUUUGAAGGAGAAACCACAGAGACGUAGGCCUGGCAUGGACAAUAGGUUAAGAGAUGAAAGGGGAAAUCGAAGAGAACGUGAUGGCCGUGCCAAUGGCAAUGACCGAUUUGAUAGGUCCGAGAAUCCUCAAUCUGGUGAUUUUGCCAAUAGCGAUGGGAACAAUACGGAUGAGCCUUUAUUUGAUUCGUUUGGUGGACAAGGCAUCCCAGUUGCAGCCUUCCCUUCGGAUAUACCUCCCCCAGUGCUGAUGCCUGUUCCUGGUGCUGGUCCACUGGGGCCUUUUGUUCCCGCCCCUCCUGAAGUUGCGAUGCAAAUGAUGCGGGACCAAGGAGGUCCAACCCCAUUUGAAGGAGGCAGAUCAGGACCCCAAUUAAGUGGACCUUCGCCAAUAAUUGCCUUACCACCCACUCUCCGACAGGAUCCUCGGCGUUUGCGAAGCUAUAAUGACCUAGAUGCUCCAGAUGAUGAAGUCACUGUGAUAGACUACAGGAGUUUAUAGCUAUGAGGAUUAGAGACGACACCUCUCUUUUUUCAAGUGCAGUUUCAGAUGACUUCUACACAGUCCAAGAGCUGGGCACUGACGUAUCGGACAAGCAGACGAGGGAAGGAUUUGUUUGGAUUGUUCCAACCAGCACGCAUUAAUUAAUUUGUUGACUAAUUAUAUCUUGGCUGCUUAUGUUUGUGCUGUAAUUUGUUUUUCUGGUUGUCAAGAUGGAGAACUGUUCAAUUUAAUCUUCCGAUAUUAUGGAAAUGAUGCUGUUUGCAGAGAAUUCAUAGAGACUAGAGUUCUGAUGAAUGAAAUGUGAUCAUCCUGGUUAAUGCUGGACUCUGUUACGCAUUGCUUUGGGUUUAUUUUUAAUGUAAGAACUGUUAUUCUGGAGGAUUCUGUUGUACAAUAAGGAUUAAUUCCUGGUGAAUCUAAAUAUUCUUAUUGCGUAUU